AUGACGACUACACCAACAACACCGACACCACCAACACCCACACUCACCAUCGAUCCGCUAGACCAACAGGCCGACUACGCAUACUUCCUGCACCAGGUAAGACAACUCAAGUACGACCCGAAUACGACUCCCUCACAGAAAGCUGAGCUCCUCCACCGCGCGAUAGCCCAGCAAAUCAGAUCCUUCACCCGGAUCGAGAGGGACCAUGUGGACCGGUACCGCCGGCUCAGCGAUGAGAGCAAAGACCUGCAGGUCGCCUACGAAAAGCUGAACAACAAGCUGAGCCGCGAGCUUCGCAAGGUCAAGGCCCAGGAUGCAGAGCUGCGGGAUACGAAGGCGACGCUGCAGCUGCUGGAGAAGGACUGCAAGGCCAAGGAAGAGUACAUCUACUCGGCGGAGCAGGCGAAUGCCGUGCUCAGAGAGAAGAACAAGGAGCAGAGGAACUCCAUCCGGACGUGGAAGCAGCAGCUAGAGGCGGUGAAAAGUGAGCUGGCGGUGCGGGAUAAGAACGUCGAUGAUCUGCAGCAACUCUUGAAACGGAAGGGCGCGCUGGUCGACAAGUAUCAACAGGAGAUCCAACAGUAUCGGGCCCAACGCCAGGAAUGGGAGCGACAGGUGGACCGGGCUUCCCAGCGUCUGGAAGACAAGAGCGAGAAGAUGACGACCUGGCUGAACGGUGUUAGCGGAGGCAGACGCCACGAUCGCAUAUCACUGAGCGCCGACACAUCCAGUUCCAAAGGGUCGAGCUCUGACCUGUCUGAUUUGGGAAGUUCUCGCAUGUCGAAGUCUACGACAAAUCCUACUUCGAACGGCUCGGACGAGAAUUUGGAUGGAACGUUUCACACCACGGGAUCGGAGAUAGACAGUAGGUUGGAUUACAUGGGCUCGGCGCAGCAAACUGUGAAGCCUGGAGAUGCAAUGGAUUGUUCCAGUGACUCGAGGGGCAGGAAAAGACCCGGAUCAACACGAGGUACGACGCUCGACGACGAAAUCAAGAGUUUAUCUGACGGUUUAUCAGCACUCCAGCUCGAUACGGAUCUGUCCCUGAUGGAAUGGGAGCCCAUAAACAGGGAAGAAGCAUACUCACCAAUAAGCGAGUAUGAUCUGGAUUUUCAUCAGAGGCCCCGGAAGAGACGACGCAGUAAAAGGGAGAACGAGCCAUGCCCACAAGACGACGCUGAAGACAGCGAUCAUCCAGGACAGACAACCGAAGACUUUCGGUACUGUGGAGGCUCUCUUCCCCAAGAAGAGAAAGAGAUGCUUAUCGUUAGUGAUAAUAAAGAUGUCGCAGAUGAGACCCCUGGUUCUCCGUAUGAGCCGCCCGAAGUGAUAUCCUCAGAGCAUUCGACUGCCUCGCAUGGGACUCAACCCGUGGAUGACUUGCAUGAGCCGACAAUUGUGGGAUCAGGAAAGAGCUCACAGGUGUCGAUCCAGCAAGAACCAAGGCCUCUACUUGCGAAUGGAAGGAUAGGAUACUACAAAGACCCUGUGUGGCUUCCAAAGUCAUUCCCCCCCUCACAGCCGCUGCCGCUGAGCUCCGACCCGAUGAAACCAAGACUUAUCAGCAGGAUCAAACCCGUGCUCAGGAUCAGAGUGGAUCCUCAUCUAUCCGAGCUCGAUGAGAGUCAGAGUCUCAUGGAUGGUGAUUCCCAAUACGACAACACAUCGCCCUUGGCGGCGACUUCUCCAAUCGGAAGUGAGGCUGAAACUUCUGAUUCAGCGCCAUCUGAGACUGACAUCAAUAGCACCGAAGCGAAGGGCGAAGGUGAAUUUCAGAUGGGCAUGAGGCCUUCUCUGGCCUUGGGAGGCAAGUGGUGGCUAUCCCUCUUGAUGGGGGUGGUGCUGUUGGUGACCACUGUGUUUCAAAGGCCGACAUCAAGCCCAAAAGAUCCACGUGAGUCGUGGAAUAAGAUCAAUGCGAUGGUCCAGGAUCCAUUUACCAAGUUGCAGAAGAACCCAGAAGCUCGACCAUCAUGCGUACGGGCUUUGAAGUAUGAAGCUUUCCACUUUUUUGAUAAGGACUUCUUGUCGUUUGGCUGA